CUAAGCUAUAAAAAGUAUUAUCGUUCUAUAACCCUAUUUGCCUUAGAUCUCAAGGCAAAACUAACUGACGGUAAAAACUUGCCGCAUACUUCGAAAGUACCUUCACAUUUCGUUAUGAACAAUUUAACUGAACCACCGAGCAACGACAGCUUUGAAAGACUUGAAACAGGUUUUGCAAUCUCCUUGAUUGCUAUCAACACUUUGAGCUCCGUUGUAGCUUGUGUUUUGAAUUUCUUGAUCAUUUUGACUUUCAUCAAGACGCCAUCAAUGUGGACACCUUCGUAUAUUCUAAUUCUUUCUUUGGCCCUGUCUGACUUUGGUGUUGGGGCUUUGGUACAGCCAUUGUAUUGUGUUGGAAUAUUUGCCACAAUGAAAGCAUACAGAUCACUUUCAGAUGUGAGCAUUGAUAUAACAGAACGAAGCGCGUGGGUACUCGCAUUUUCCUCUUUUCUCACGAUUACUGGCAUCACUAUCGACCGGUUCCUAGCUCUUCACUUGCACCUAAGAUAUCAAGAGCUUGUUACAGCGCAGAGGUCCUUUACAGCUUUGAUCUUUAUUUGGAUUUUUGGCUUGUCUGGGCUUCUCACUCAAUGGUUUAAUAUUGCCAAAAUAAUCUACCUUUCUGUUGUGGCUACUUUGGUGAUUCUGAACAUAAUUCUAAUGGUGAAAAUUUCUCGAGCUGUAAGUAAACAUUCAGCAAUCAUCCGUGCACAACGGCGAGCAGUACAGGGAAGCUUGGACCUUCCAGGAUACAAGAAAACUGUGAACACAAUGUAUUAUAUCAUGGGUACGCUGGCAGUUUGUUAUAUUCCCGUCGUAAGUGCGGAAAUAAUAUAUUUUACUAAAGAAAGAAGUGCUAUUGCUUUGUACAUAACUCACACAAUUAUGUUGAUAAACAGUGCUUUGAAUCCAGUCAUCUACGUCUGGAGAAUACAAGACAUGCGAAAUGCUCUGUUACAGCUGUUUCGAACCAUUCGAUGUUGUAANCCAAGUUUGCUUUUUGCUUGGUAA